AAUGGUUGAGCCGUGAAGCUGAGGAAGACGCAUUUAAAGGCACGGGCAGUGAAGUCGUCGCCAAACAAAAGCUAGGCCAUAGCUAGCCUCGGCGAUCACUGGUCGAGAGAGAGAGAGAGAGCGAGCGAGCUCGAGGUUUCUUGCAAGUAACCGCCGGUUCCUUGCAACGGGCAGCAGGGGUGGCCGACAAGGCAACCCGCCGGGGCUGUGUGCGGCUGGAUUUGUAUUUAAGAUUGACGACUAGUGUCGCCGAAGCAUCCCAUAUAUACAUUGUCACUUGUCGGGAGAGGAGUCGAGAGCUGAGACGGCGAGCUGCCUCCGAUCCUGCUCUAUAUCAGCUCAGCUUCGUUCUGCUGUGGCUCUGAGCUGAGCCGCCAAGGAUACAUACGAUACGAUACGUCUUGCAGCUGCGGGUUGCCUUCUUCUCCGGUGGACCUCGUCGGGGUUAUGCGGAGGAGCUGGUCGUGCUUGUCCUGCUUGCCCAUGGGGACGGCGGCGCUGCCCAUUGAGGACCGAUUCGUUCCUCCGGCUGGGCUACCGGCGGUGCCCGCGUCAGGUUCAGAAGAUGGAGGAUUUGGCAAGGGCAGCAUAGACCUUGGAGGCCUGGAGGUGCGCCAAAUCACCACAUUUGCCAAGGUCUGGUCCACCACGCAGGGCGGCCAAGACGGCCUCGGCGCCACCUUCUUCAAGCCCUCGCCGGUCCCCGCCGGCUUCUCCGUGCUCGGCCACUACGCGCAGCCCAACAACCGGCCUCUCUUCGGUCAUGUCCUCGUCGGUCGGGACACGUCUGGCACCGGUGCAGUCCUCGCCGCGCCACUGGACUACGCCCUCGUCUGGUCCAGCCCGGACGGCGCCGGCCACUUCUGGCUCCCCACGGCGCCCGAAGGCUACAAGGCCGUCGGCGUGGUGGUCACAGCCGCGGCGGACAAGCCUUCGCCCGACGAGGUCAGGUGUGUCCGUUCCGACUUCACCGACGCGUCCGAGAUCGAGGACACGGUGUUGACCAGCGACAAGGAUGGCUUCAGCGCGGCCACCCUGAGGCCGGCGGUCCGCGGCAUCGACGCCCGCGGCGUGCACGCUGGCACGUUCCUCGCCCAGAGCAGCGCGACGCCGGCGGGAGCGUCGACGACGCCGGCGUGUCUGAAGAACAACAGCGCGAGCUACACGUCCGCCAUGCCUGACCUGGCCCAGGUGAACUCACUCCUGGCGGCCUACGCGCCGCACGUGUACCUGCACCCGAACGAGUCCUACCUCCCUUCGUCGGUGACGUGGUUCUUCGAGAACGACGCGCUGCUGUACCAGAAGGGCAGCCAGACCCCGACGCCAGUGGCCGCCGACGGGUCGAACCUCCCGCAAGGCGGCGGCAAUGACGGCGGGUACUGGCUGGACCUGCCGGUGGACAACAACCAGAGGGAGAAGGUCAAGAAGGGAGACCUCGCCGGUGCGAAGGUGUACGUGCAGGCGAAACCGAUGCUCGGCGGGACGGUGACCGACCUCGCGGUGUGGAUCUUCUUCCCGUUCAACGGGCCGGCGCGCGCCAAGGUCGGACUCAUCCAGUCGAUCCCGCUCGGCAAGAUCGGCGAGCACGUCGGCGACUGGGAGCACGUGACGCUGCGCGUGAGCAACUUCUCCGGCGAGCUGCUCCGGGUGUACUUCUCGCAGCACAGCGCGGGCACCUGGGUGGACGCGUCGCGGCUGGAGUACCUCGCCGACGGGGACGGCGGGAACAGGCCGGUGGCGUACGCGUCGCAGCACGGGCACGCGUUCUACCCGAACGCCGGGACGGUGCUGCAGGGCAACACGAGCCUGGGCAUCGGGAUCCGGAACGACUGCGCCAGGGGUAGCCGGCUGGACACCGGCGCCGGGCGGUGCGAAGUGGUGUCGGUGGAGUACCUCGGCGUCAAGGAGCCGGCGUGGGUCGGGUUCGAGCGCGAGUGGGGGCCGCGGGAGGAGUACGACAUCGGGCGCGAGAUCAACCGCGCCGCGAGGAUCCUGCCGCGUUCGGUGAGGGAGCGGCUAGCCAAGCUGGUGGAGAAGGUGCUCGUCGGGGAAGGGCCGACGGGGCCCAAGAUGCAUGGUAACUGGAGAAACGACGAGAAGGAAGCCUGACAGCAGAUUAAGGAUUGCCUGCAGAUGCAUGGUAACCGUGCAAUUCGUGAGGAAUAUAUAUACGGAUCAGACGGUUCGCGAUUGACCGACAGCAGAUUAAGGAUUGCAUGCAUGCUGAUUAUUAGAGGAGGUAAAAGGAUUGGUUGUGUUGUGUUGUGUAUUUCGAUCUCAGCUGUAUGUAUUCGAUGAUCUCUUGUUUGGUUUGCUGUUUAUUGCUUUGUAUACGACCAUGUGAGAUCUUCAUUUGUAAGCACGAGCUUCACAAUUUGAACAAAAGUGUAAUGUACCGUGGGGUUUUUUAAAAUUUUUCCGCA